UUUUGUAUUUAAGGCUGGCGCGUAAUCAGCCAUUUGGGGAAGCGUACAGCAGACAUUCAUGAGAGAUGAGGGAUCAAGUCACAUCAGAUGAUCGAGUGAAUUAUGGCGCUGUCAUCGCACUGGCGGCAAUCUGCUUAAUGCUGUUGCGGAUAUGGAUAUCGGGUGGUGUCUGCAAAAGCCAUGUUCGGUUAGAUGGAAAGACGGUUGUUAUCACUGGCGCUAACACUGGGAUUGGCAGGGAAACUGCAAAAGAUAUGGCUCUUAGAGGGGCUCGGGUAGUGAUGGCCUGCCGGGACCUGACCCGUGCUGAAAAUGCUGCGGAGUAUAUUCGACGCUGCACAGGCAAUGGCAAUGUAGUCAUUAGACACUUGAAUUUGGCCUCUCUAUAUUCUGUCCGGGAAUUUGCCAAAGAGUUCAUAGCAACAGAAGAACGACUAGAUAUACUUAUAAACAAUGCAGGUGUUAUGAUGUGUCCAAAGUGGAUCACAGAGGAUGGUUUUGAGACACAGCUGGGUGUCAAUCACUUGGGACACUUUCUUCUGACCAAUCUACUGUUAGGAAUCCUAAAGAGAUCGUCCCCCAGCCGAGUAGUGAAUGUGUCCAGUAUUGCACAUGUUGGUGGAAAGAUUGAAUUUGAUGACCUCUUUUUUGACAAAAGGCCUUACAGUCCUUUGCUCAGCUAUAAACAGAGUAAGCUGGCCAAUGUGCUUUUCUCUAGAGAACUUGCACAAAGAAUGAAAGGUAAAGGAGUCUCCUCAUACUGCCUGCAUCCAGGAGUGAUUCGAACAGACCUGACUCGCCAUGUUCUGUCGUGGUACCCAAUGUUGAAGACUAUACUGUGUCUGCCCUGUAUGCUCCUGAUGAAAACUCCCUGGCAGGGCGCACAGACCUCUAUCUACUGUGCUGUCACUGAGGGCUUAGAGAGGAAGUCUGGCUGCUACUUCAGUGAUUGUGGUGAAAAAGACCCUGCACCAGAAGGAAAAGAUGAUGAAGUGGCAAAAAGGUUGUGGGAGGAAAGUGUUCGGUUAGUUGGACUAAACAACCAAAACUGACACGUCAUACUGCAACUCUCUUCCUGAUUGUAAGCGCGCCCCCUAGUGGUGAUACAUGCGACCCCAAACUCUUACCAGUGAGGUGGGCACAGAUACAAAGUCAUUACAGAGAUAGUGUCAAGGCAGAUUACAUGAUUUGCAUCAUAAGAUUUUGAUUUCAGAACAGAUUUAUGGAAAGAGCAAAGAGCAAAUAAUGGUUUGUUAGUAAACCAUCCAACAAUGAAUUAGGUUUUUCAGAAGCUUGUGAUAGUUCCCAUUAUAGCACAAAUUCACUUUGUGACUAUAUCUUAUUAAAACAAACUCCUGUAAGAAUCUUUAAAAAAGAAACUAGAACUAAAGUGUGUCCAGUAUGUGUAAUAUCUCUUUCUACGGAUUAUAUUUAUUAUCAUUUAUAUAUAAUUUAACCACUAGAUGGCGUUAAAGAUGUGUCUUUGGAAGCACUUGCUGCGCUAUGCUUUUCCCCCUACCUAAAUUAUAAUACUGUAUCCUUCCACAAUAGAGCACUGCAGGUCAAUUGAAAGAAGAUAUAUAUGCCCCUGGACCACAAAACCAGUCUUAGGUAGCACAGGUUUAUCUAUAGCAAUAGCCAACAAUACAUUGUAUGGGUCAAAAUGAUCGAUUUUUCUUUUAUGUCAAAAAUCAUUUGGAUAUUAAGUAAAGAUCAUGUUCCAUGAAGAUAUUUUGUAAUUUCCUACCAUACAAAACUUAGUUUUUGCGUAGUAAUAUGCAUUGCUAAGAAUUUUUUUUGUACAAUUUUAAAGGUGAUUUUCUCAUUAUUUAGAUUUUUUUUACACCCUCAGAUUCCAGAUUUUCAGAUAGUUGUAUCUCGGCCAACUAUUGUCCUACCCUAACAAAUAGAAAGCUUAUUUAUUCAGCUUUCAGAAUAUGUAUAAAUCUCAGUUUAUACAAAAUUGACCCUUGUGACUGGUUUUGUGGUCCAGGGUCACAUAUAUAAUGUGACAAGAAGCAGA